AUGAACCCAAUCAACUGUAACUGUGAUCUAAAGUGGCUCAUUGAUUGGUUGAAUAAACCUAUAAGCCUGCUCGAAAAGGAAAAGACUAUCUGUUCGUCAGCAUCUCUGGAGCCUCUUCGUGAGAAACCCCUGUUUAAUUUUGAUCGAAAUGAGCUUUGCAUAAUGAACAAUGGUCUAUUCUCUCUGAUUCCCCUCGCCUCCAUUAGCUUGGUUGUAAUCAGCGUGCUGUUGUAUCACUACCGAUGGCAGUUGAGGUACAAACUCUUUCUUUUCAAACUGGCCGUACUGGGCUAUAAAGAGAUGCGAGACGCUCGAGACCACAAUGACUACGAAUUUGACGUGAACAUCAUUUUCUACGACGAUGACGAAGAUGACGAAGAAUGGAUUCGCGAACACCUUCGACCGGCUCUCGAAGAGCGACUUCCUCAGUUUCAUAGGAACGUCUUUGGUGACGAAGAUCUUGUGCUGGGUAUGCAUUACUUAGAUUCUGUCGAUUACGUGGUGAGCCAUAGUUACAAGACAAUCAUAGUGCUUAGCAGAGCUGCUGUGCACGACCACUGGUUCAUACUCAAGUUCUGGACGGCCGUGGACCACGUGAGUGACACUCUGGCGGAAUUCGUAGUCGUGCUUUUCCUCGAAGACAUCCCAGAUGAUGAAAUGCCAUUCUUGGCGAGGUUGUAUCUCAGUGAUGGCAGACCCUAUAUCCACUGGACUGAGAACGUGAGAGGACAACAAUAUUUCUGGGAUGAAUUGAUCAAAAAUUUUACUAUUAAUCUAAGGACGAAUGACUUGAUCCCAAACGAGUAG